UCUCACAUAAAAAAAACACAGAACGUAUGACAUCGACAACUAACUUAAAUGACCAUGAAAUUAAAAUAAACCGUGGAUGGCUUCUUUAUCAAAUCCACGAUCUAAGGAAAAUGGAGACCAUAAAUGAAUUAUUUCCCAGGACAAAAGAUGGGCGGCAACAACCAGAUGAGGAAGGAGGUGACGAGAAUGCGGAACAAAUAGAUGGUGUUUUCAUCCAACGGACAGCUAUGGGGGAAUAUCUCGUCCCGAAAGACGGGAAGCCAUUAACGCAACUCGCAAUUCCUCUUCCGGGGCCAGCUGAUUAUGAACCUAAAAUUGACCUCACAGCAAGAACGAGGCCACAAUUCUCGAUCGUUGGACGAACCAAGCAAGUAAAAGCCCCUCCCAUACCUGGUCCAGCGGACUACAAUACCUCAGGAGAAUUAAACUGGAAAGGAAAGAAGAAAACGCUGAAAGAAAAAGGGCAGACUUGCCCUCACGGCACCAAACCUUCUCACCACCUGACAUGCAGUCCCGGACCGGCCGGAUACCGGGUUACAUACAAAGACACCGGAAAAGAUGCGCCUAAGAUUAGCGCCGCGUCUCGCCAUUUGGACGGAGUCAAUGUAGGCCAUCCCAACUGCUUGGUGCAACCAGUCGAUACGCACGGUGUCCAGACCCCUAGCUCCAGUUACUAUCACCCUGAGUCACACGCCCUCAACGAUAGGAUUCACAAAUCGUUCGGCACCAGCCGCAAAACUUGCAACAAGACCCUGGGCCCUGGGCCUGCAGGAUAUACCAUACAAGAAGGUCAGCAGGGAGCAGCGUAUUCGCUAUCGAAGCGGCUACCAGCGAAGUGGCAGCAAGUGACGGAUUAUCCAGCUCCAAACGUGUAUGAUGUGGGAACCACAAUUGGUACAGGGGUUGCCAUGGCAAUACGAAGCCGCCAGCCACUCGAACAGAAGAAUUGGGUGCCAAGUCCCAAUACGUAUACUUUAAGGGACCCACUGCGCCGUUCUGAUGCGCCAGUUGCUACUGUCACAUACCGACCAUUUUCACCCACGUUGAAGACGUGGCCAAGCCCAGCGCACUACAAGCCCACAGACAACACUUUACCCACAUCUCCUAGGUUCUCCUGCCGGAAAUUCUGCAAGCCGUGCUUUCCAGAUAUUCUGAAAUACCCAGCUCAUGCACCUGACACCACACCAGGUCCUGGAACCUACCAUAGUCCCAGGCGGUUCACAGACAACGAUUACCCUGCUUUUUCUAUGGGGUCACGACCCAGAUCAAAGACAAAUGAUGUACCGGGAGCAAACCAUUACGACAUUCGUGUCAGUCACCGACCCGACGGCAAAAAGGCACCAGAAUUCUCCAUGGCUAAGCGUUGCCACCCUCCACAUAAGAACGAGAACCCAGGGCCUACUGCAUAUAAUCCUCCAUUAGACACCAAUGAUGGGCCAAAGUACAGCAUGAUUAAACGUUGGAACGGGCUUCGAAAACCAACCCAACCGGCUCCUAACUCCUACAGCAUAGCAAAGGGACAGACGAGCAGAGGGCGCUACACGGGACCCCUGGCAACAAUCAAAGGUCGUGCCUCGUCCUACGUCUACCCUGGAUACGCGCUCCAGUCGUCAGUUCGUUUGUUUAAAUCAUAGCUGUUCCCUACCUGAUUGAUGUAACGACUACAGAUCUAUAAUUGUAUGAUGUUUGAUCAUGAAAAGGAAGAAGGGUCUUUUACCCUCCUCAUCGAAAAUGCCGACACGUUUUUAUAAAUUUACACAUGUAUUAUUAAUUAGAUUUUAGUAUUAUUUUCUUGUAUUUGUGUUUUUAUCUUUGAAACAUGGCGCAAAUCACCUAUCUAAUUACUUUAGCAAUUCAUGAAAUGUCAUCUCCUAGGCCAUACAAUAUAACCUUAGGCCGCCUCUGAAUCACUUGGUUGUGGCUUGAAAUUACACGCAACUCUACUCGAACUGUCCAUGGCCGGCCAAGAUCAUAGGCUCGUGGUAUAAUAGGGCAAUCUGCUGGAGUCCUCUCAAGUCAGAUAUCCCGAUUCUCUGGCCAGACCUUGUUGAAUCCUCAGUCUCAAAAGUCAAUUUAAUGAUAAAGUUAACUCACCGUAAGAAGUGGCCAUACCUCAGUUAUCCUUGGCAAUAAAAGAAAUAUUUUCCCAAAACAAAGAGAAAAAUGAAAACCCAUUCCAAAUAAAUGCAGCCAAGUCAUAAAAAUACUGCCCCAAAAUGAGAUAAUUAUUAUUCUCAACAUUUUUUCCAUCGAUAAUCCUGUGAGGUCAGUUAAUCAGACACAAUACCCUUUCACCAAUAAUUGAGAACAAUGACAAUGCAUGCCCGGGGAGAAACAAAAUGCACAAUCUGGAUCAAGAGAGGGCGUUAUUUUCUUAGCAACGGAAGCACCUUUACUAAGUGUGUAUCCGCUCCGAGUAGGAGAAAAAGAGGGCGUGUUUGAAAUCAAACCGAAGGUCCUUUGGUACUCACGCAUGGCAUAUAGGUGCGCAAGUCUAUGCGCAUUUGACGCGGAGCGAAAAAUCUGGAC